AUGGGCUUCCCCAUGCUCCUACCCUUCCUCUUCCAUUCUUCCUUACAGAAUAAUAAUGCAGAUUAUAGUAGAGUCCAACAGCCUUCUGUUCUUGUCCUUACUUCAAUUUAUGUCUUUCUUGGGCUGUGUACAGCUGGGGAUUCCGUGUUAUACUCACUUGGCCUAAAAUACCUUCCAGUCUCGACUUAUUCUCUGAUAUGUGCAAGCCAAUUAGCAUUCAAAGCUGUUUUUGCAUUUUUCCUGAAUGCACAGAAGCUUACCUUUUUCAUAAUAAACUCUCUUGCAUUGCUAACCAUUUCUUCCAUAAUCCUUGUAAUCCACAAUGAUACUGAAGAUUCCAGUAACGCCUCCAAGCACAAAUACACAGUAGGCGUUAUAUGCACUGUUGCUGCAUCUGCUUUAUAUGCAUUUGUGCUUUCAUUCACUGAACUCAUGUUUCAGAAGAUACUUAAAAGCAAAACUUUCAGUCAUUAUUGA